ACUAACUAAUAUUAUUAUUUGGGAAGAAGAGAAUGUUGAGAGAUGCAUGUGGCAACAGCAACGAUACCCAGUUAUCAGCACCACCACCACCGCAUCUACGCUUCACUCUUCGCCAUCGCCAAACUCAAGAAAAGCACAAUGGCGAGCAGCAGCAGCAGUAACAAUUCGGGUGAAUUCACAACAAUCAAAGAGAGAGUCACUUUCCAGAAAGACAUAAAGAAAAGCAAGUUCAUCGCCAUUGCUGGCUCCGUCUCCGACGACAAAUCUGCCAUGUCUUUCCUUUCUCAGGUUCGGGAUCCAAAAGCUACUCACAAUUGCUGGGCUUAUAAGGUGGGGGAUCAAUAUCGGUCCAAUGAUGACGGUGAACCUUCAGGUACGGCUGGGAAACCAAUAUAUUCUGCUAUUUCUACUUCAGGAAUAGAUAGAGUAAUGGUGGUUGUGAUCAGGCAUUUUGGUGGUAUCAAACUAGGCGCUGGGGGAUUGGUCAGGGCUUAUGGAGGAGUUGCAUCAGAAUGUCUGAAGAAUGCUCCGACUUGUCUUGUUAAAACAAAGGUGCCAAUGGGUGUAGAAGUCCCAUUUGACUUGCUUGGAGUGCUCUACCAUCAGCUGCAGUCUUUUAAUGUGGAAGACAUGAAGCAGGAUUAUGACACGGGUAAAGAUGACAUAUCCAUGGUUACUUUUAAAGUUGAGUUUGACCAAGCUGAGAAAUUGGAGGAUACACUGAAAGCCAAUUGUAGCCGAGAGUUGAAGUUUUAUAAGCAUUGAGAAUGAACACUAGAUUUGGAUUAAAUUUUUCAUGUAAUAUUUACUCAUGCAUGGUGGAUGCAACUUCAUUUGAAGAUAUGAUAAUGAACGGGGCCCACACAUGCUCAGUACAUAUUAAAGUUUUGCCUUAUGUAUAUGAAACCCUGUUUACAAAGGCUCAAGAAUUAUUGUAGUUCAGUAAUUUUGUUAUACCAUUUGUAAAUUCUGUAGUAACAUUUACAAAUCUUCAUCUAUACUAAUACAAGGGAAUAUCAUUGUAUUUCAGUUUUGAAACA